UCUCUCCAAGAUCCAUUAUUAGUCAUGCUUUCUUCUCCUCUCUCUUUCACUGUUUUCCUUAUCAUUGUUAUUGACACUAUAGGGAAAUGCUUAAAACAAGACCACUGAAAAUGGUUCUGAAGCUUAAUUUCAGUGAUGGUUGUGGGUGUCAGUUCACCAGCAUCAAUUUUCCCAUAAAUUUUCAGGCAUCAAGGGACAGCAUCAACCAAGAUAAAAGCAUAGUAAUUCAGAAGCUUAGGGACAUGUCAAUCCAGGACCAAAGCUGUGGUCAGUUUUCAAUGGUUGAGAGAAAGAUCCUUCCAGGCCUCCAAAAGGAAAUCACUAUCUAUGCGGUUGCUACAAACAUUGUUGGGUAUGGUGCUUUUCCAACAAGCUCAGGUCUAUCUGAAGUCAAUCUUCAAGGUAAGGAGGAGAGGAGAAAGGUCAAUUAUGGCAGUAAUGGCUACUUUGUACCAAAGCAUGAAAUUUUAAAUGCUGCUGAAGGACCCACAAAGAAGUUGAAAGUCUGUUGACUUAGUCUUUUGCUCAUCUAGGAAGUUAGUCUUUUGCUCAUCUAGGAAAUGAACUUCAAUAGGAGAUCCUGAUUAUCAGCAGGAGAAAUGUUUUGGUACUUGUAGAUACUGUAGAUAUAUAUAGCAAUAGCACACUAAAUGCACUAAGAGACCAGGUGAGUUUUGGAUGCACAAACUUGGUCUCUUCAAGUGUGAAUACAGAAUGGGAGGCAGCACGAUAGUCAGAAACGCGUUGCUCCUAAAUGUUCAGGCAGUGAUACUUGAUCGCUGAAAACAGAAUCAUUCAUUUUGUGGCACUCUCUUGUUGCAUUCUGCCCUGAAUGGGAGUUUGAUAGUACUGUCAACAACUUUGUAUAGUUCUACUAAUCAGCAGGUUGUGAGUGAGCAGAGUAACAGCUGUGACAUCUUUUGUAGAAGUUAUUAAUAUGAUGUAUCUUGGGUAAAGUAUUACCCUUACUGCUUUAUGUGACACUACUUAUACUAUGCUACUCUAUCUGUGAG